AUGACUUGGAUACUUUCUACUGUAUGGGAGGUCCUUGCACUGUGUCUUGCGGUCUGGAUUGCUGUAAAGCACUUCCGUGAAUUGCGAAAACACUCAACAAGAGGUAUUAUCGGUGACUGUUUCAUGGUGCUAAUGAAAACUCAUGUGAGCUACUUUGUGAGCGAAUCAUAUUCCCUGGGCGCUCUGAUUUAUAAUGGUUUCGCUCAGAUAUUCCAGUUUGCGGGCAUGUUUGUGCUGGGACCACGCCUGAUCCUCGGUGUUCGAGAAUAUCACGCUGAGCUGGUGGCCAACUCUGAUACGGGAACCGCCAUGUCUUCAAUUGCUUUUCAGGAGCACGUCCACGUGUCAACUAGCAGUAGCGUGUAG